UUUACGAAGGUCAACAAGGAUUCUGCUUUACGUGUCCCUGCGGUUUGACAGGUGCUCCGCAGAAAGAUGACGAAAGGAAGAUUACAUGGACAUGUUAGAUAAUUGGUGAUGACAGGACUCAUUGAAAAUAUCCAGUGUGUUUGAAAAGCCUGAAACUAAAAUAUCAGUAUCAGAUUUUGACACAGUUAUCUGUACAUAAAAAAUGUCCCUAAUAGAAGGCGUAGGGGAUGAAGUAACACUUCUAUUUGCCUUUGGGGCAAUUAUUUUCAUCAUCAUCGUAGCCUGGAUUUCUACCAAUAUCCAGGAAAUUCCUUUCUUCAGCGUUAUAAUUGUCGAGUUGACACAACGCAGGCGCCAAAGAGCCAAUGCCAAUGUACCAGCAGCAGAUAAUGAAACAACUACUUUACCGACAGAUACCGCUUUGCCAGAUUCAACCAACGAAACCUCUUCAUUCGAAGGAUCAGCGCAGUCAGGUGUUGAGCCUACUACAGGAGAACAUUUGUCGGCAUCAUGUUCAAGUGGUACUAGAGCCGGACAGGAAGCAAACGUCACGGAGGAGACAGAGGUGGAAACGACUGUGAGGUUUGUUAAUGUUUUGGAUAACGAUGAAGGUGAGAUCCCAGAUGCAGUCCUGCAUAAUAUCCAUGGUCAACGAAGGAGAGAGGAAUCUGGAAACGAAGUUCCGCCAAUUCAGGAAAAUGUUGAAAGUCUGGAACAGAGUGUUGAUGUGACUCAAAGUGAAAGUCAACUGAUUCCUGACGUACACGGGGAUAAUUUGUUUGAAACUGAGCUACGUAGGAGGAGAGUUGCUUUCUUUGACCAGAAGUUGAACAGCAAUGGACAAGAUGCAGCUGAAACAAGGGCAGACAACUCAAAUGAUAUUAGUGUAUCGGGAGGAGAUAACCUAGUUAAGUCCAACUCUGCUGAUGAACAGGAAUCUAGUUCAGCUGUUUGUGAUAAAACUGUAACUGGUUGUGAUAAUUUACCUAACUUAUCCCAGGAGGCAACUUCUUCUAGUAGUGCUAGCCAAUCGGAGGAAAGAUUACAUAGUGUCAACCAAUCAGAAGAAGCUAAUCUGGAGGAUGAGUUGAAUGUUGGAGACGGAAGAAUAAGGAUUCGACUCAAAUACCUGAAUGACACACAGCGGCAUGUCGUAGCAUCACCGACAGAUACUGUUGGACAAUUUCGAAGACUGAACUUUGCUACAGAACUUGAGGAUAACAAAGUUGUUCGUUUUAUUUUCAAUGGCCGAGAUUUACGCAGUGACACUAUGACCUUGGACUCGUACAACGUGGUAGACAACAGUGUCCUGCACUGCCUGGUCACACAGAUCAACCGCGAAACUGCGCCCCCUCGUGUGGACACGGAGGGUGGGUUUGACAUGGGGACGAUCAUGUUGCCCUUAUUUGGUGUUAUCUUGUGCAUCAUGUGGUACCUGCGCUUCGAAUACAGACCUUUCUUCUCCGCUACAUCUACAAUAUCCUUGUUUGGAAUUACCUCCCUUUAUGUUGCUGCUGUCCUGGCAUCGUGGGAAAGUCAUCGGCGUGGUCAAGCACACGACCACAUAGACUGAACUGAGAUGUGUAGUGUUGAAUUUUCUGUAAACUUAAUUCUGUCCUUAUACCCCUACAUCACAAUAUAGGCCAAAUAAAUAUAUAUGUGUGUUUAAGGUGUUAUACAACCACACAAAAAUAGCAAUUACUUCCUCGUCUCUCUUGUACACUGAAUUUUCUGCCUGCUUGACUUCAGGAUAUACCAGGGUAGUUAUAAUAUUUAUUUAAUAAUAAAUCUAGUCUACACUGACAUAUUCCGUCUUUGCGUAUUGCAGAGUUAUCUUCU